AAAAUGACUAUCUUCGACGAUCUAUCAUUAGACUCGUACCACAAAAUGAUUCAGUUCAGCUAUGAGACUGACCGCCUCACCACAAGGGAUUCAACUCAACAAACUGCGAAUCAUCGAAGAUUAUGGCGACUCAGUAAACUUGCAGACGCUGAUUUUCGACGAACUUACACCAGAACAUUUGCACAACAGCUACAACCACUCAACAACGACCUGCAAAACUGCAUUAAACGCGCCACCCACCAAACCUCGCAACGUAUAGAACUGCCAACUAUCAUCGACGACAUCUCGGAUCGAUUUUAUGACACACUAUACGAGACCUUAGAUACGACCUUAGGUGCAACAACUGGAGGACGACAAGCGAGCACUGAAUUCUGGACUGUAGAACUUCAGCGCCUCGUCGAGUACCGAGAACUGUGUUACCGGAAGUGGAGACGUGCAUAUGGUAUGAAUAAACUGACAUGGUGGCUCAAACACCAACAGGCAGAUGCAAGAGCACGCAGAGCUAUGACAAAGCGAAGCAGGCAAACAUGGCGCACUUUCUGCUCUCGACUAGAGACCGAGGAGUACAGCAAAAGAACUGCAAUAAUCAAAAAAAUCCGGCAUCGCCGCACAGUACAACCGACAUUCAGUCAUCAAGACGGACCACAACAGGCAGCUAAUCUUAUGGCCCAACACCUUACAUCAGUUUAUGACGGUCACCUAAUCAUAAAUGAUCACACAAGGUCAACAUCUAACAACCAUACAACAUCAACACCGACAACAGUCGAUUGUCCUAUCACGCCUGCCGUCGUCGCCCUUGCUAUUGAACGACUACCGUCUAGGAAAGCCCCAGGAAUCGACCAUGUACGAAGUGAAAUGCUAAAGCCUAUCGCCGCGACACUUGCACCUUUCUUAUGUCAUCUCUUCCAAUUAUGUUGGAUGGGAUCGUAUACCCCGGAGGCAUGGCGUGUAGCACAAGUACUACCCAUUUACAAGAAGGGCACACCCGAUGACCCGGCGAAUUUCCGCCCAAUAAGUCUUACAUCUGUACUAAGGAAAAUCCUGGAAUAUUGCCUC